UUAUUAAAUAUUUUAAUUAACUCUGAUGAGAUUGGAUGAGUGUAUGAAUCAUUAAAAGAGAAAAAAAUGUAGUAUAUAACGUGCGUUUAUUUAAAUCCGAAUUUUUAUGUGAAUUAUUAUGAUAAAACAUAGUAAUACAGAAUAUGCAUUUCUCUCUAUGUUAUGUGUGUGAUCUCUGUUUGUACUAUGAAGUCUUAUUACGCAUUGUUUAGGCAUGUGAAAUAUUUGUUUUACGAAGCAACGUAACGACUAAAGUCGAAAACAUAAUCUUAAUAUCAUUUUAUAUUAUAUACGAAUGUAUGGGUCCUUUGCACUACUUAUCUUAUGUUGUCAUUCGACAGCAAUCCUCCUUAUUUUUAAUCUUCAUCAGUAAUGUAUACUUUGGAAGAUCGUAUUGUAUUUCUUUGUAAAAAAAUAUAAAUCUAAAAUGUCAGAAAAACAAACAGUAGGAGGUAUUCCGGUCGAAUGCUUGACAGGAGAAUUGGGUGCUAUAUGGUCAGGUUGGCGUAUACUAGGUGAUCGAGAAGUUGUCAGAGAAGCUUCUGCUAAAGGUACUCAUAUAAAUUUAGCUUAUAAAUAUCUGGCAUUUAGAAAGAAUUGUAGCUUGGACAAAGCAAAAAGUUAUUUCAAUGAAGAAGUGGAACUUUGGAUUCGAGAAUUAAUAAACAAAUGUCAAGUUUAUAGAGCUUCUCAUAUUUUAAAAAAUAUGGGAAAAGAUCCGACCAAGUAUAUAUUUGAAGUUUGUAUUAAAUCUAAGGAACCUGUUUUAAGAGAUUACUUAGCAAAUUAUAUGAUAAAUAAUAACGGCUUUGAUGAUGUGCAAAAGGAAGCAUGGACUAUUAUACAAAGUAUUUUACAGUAUGAAAAAAGAUACACGCUUGAAAAUCUAUUCGGGAGUACAAUAUGUAUAGAGGACAUGAUAAAUUUACCUGAAAAUAUUAAGCAAGUAUUAUGUACGGAAUUAUAUAUUCAAUUAUUUGACCCAAAAUUGUUAAGAAACAUGACAAAUAGUGUUGUAUGGAACUGUUUGUUACUAUAUAAUAAGAUUGAUACAAUUAAAUAUUGGAUUGAUAAAAGAUAUAAUACUAAUGUGAUAGUAAAAGAAACAUAUGCAAUUGAUGAAAAUUUAAAAGAUUUGAUUGAUAAUCUUACUAUUACUUCUGAAAUGAUUGAACAGAUAGAUCUCUCAGAUGCUAAUAAUCUUAUAAAAGAUUUAACAAAGAAUCAUUUCUGCAAGUAUGGGAUAUUUACCAAAACAGAACAAGAUAAUCUGAAAUUAAUGCUAGCAAGAAUAUUUAGUAGUCAACACACAUUACAAGAUUUUGAAAAAAUAUUAUCUUAUGAAAGUUGCAAUAUUAAUAAAAUUGAAUUUUUGGAGAACAUUAAUAUAAAUUAUUAUCUUGUGCAACAAAAUUAUAACGUAGAGACUACAUCAAAAGUAAAGAACUUAUAUAAUAUUCUAAAUAGAAUGAGUGAUCCGCAAUGUGAUAUUUUAGAUACAAUAACUGAUGCAGUACUUCAGAAUAUUCAUUAUAUUUCUGAUAACUUUACUGACUUUUUGAAAGAAAAUUACUUAAUUUCUUUUGCAUUAGUUUUUUUACAAUAUUGCAAGAUAGAUACUAUAUCAAGUUCUAUAAAUAAAAAUAUAGAAUUUACACAUGACAAUUUCAAAAACAUGUUAAAUAAUAAAGAUGGAUUACAAAUAGGUGCUAAUACUGUGCCAUACGAAAUUCUUUGCAAUACACUAGAAUAUAUACCGAUCAUACGAUGUAUUAUCCAAAAUCGAUCAAAGGAAAAUGAUAUUACAAUGUAUGAACUGUUAGAUGGUUGUCAAAACUUUACUGCAAGGCUAUUCUUUAAAUGGAGGUAUAAUAAUGGACCAAUACCCCAUUUUUCAAACGAAAGUUUAGCUAAGAAAUAUGGAUAUAAGGAAACAUUAACAUAUGCUUAUUAUCUAAAAGAAGGAAGACCCAAUAUGGCUUUAUAUACGCUUAAACAUCCACAAGGCAAAUCUCUUGGAACUAUCUCUUCUAGAAUGAAGUGUAAAGCAGCUUUCUAUGCCCAUAGUUUUGCUUUAAAAAAUUUAAAUAACUCUGAGAUAAUCUGUAGCUGUAUUUCAUUUCUUGAAAUGUUAGGAAUCAAUUCUGAAAUUUUGAGAUUACACAUUAGUGCAGCAGAUUAUGUCCAGAAAACUCUUAAUAUUUCUAUUGGACAUCUACUGGAAUCUAUUAUGUUUAAAAAUCAAAAUAAUUUGCAAACUAUAAUGUUAUAUUUGGAAAACAGUUUCCAGUCGUAUCUAAACGAUAAUGUAAUCAAUGAACUGACUCUGUUUUUCGAUGCAUUGAAAACUUGGAAGUUUAUAGUACAAUUUGCAAGGACUCAUGAUUUUUUUUUACCUGAUACUCUUCUAAAAUACUUAGCCCAAAAAGAUUUAUGGUUUGAGUUUAUAUUGGUGGGACAUUUUUUUGCUUAUUCUACAUCUCAAAUUUUAACACUUGCAAAAGAAUUUCAAAAUAUAAACAUACGUGAACAUUUGUUAACCUGUUUGAAUACAGAGUCUACAAGUGUUUUGUUACAUUCCAAAUAUGAGACAAAAUUGAAAUCCAGAGAUGUAAGACAAUUUUUAUAUUGUAAGAUUGGAUUAAAGCAAAACGAAGUACCUUUAUCUUCCAGUGCAUCGUCUUCAUUAACAGAUAGUAGCAGCUGCAAUACAUAUUCAACUGCAUCUGAAAAAAUUUCAUUUGCUGAUAAUAUAUUUUCUUCGGAUGAUGAUUUAUGGAUGACAUUUUUAAAGUGUCAUCAUAGUCAGGAUCCACCUGGUGCAUUACUGCAUGUAUCUCACAUUACUUUAAGACCUAUAUUGAUUAUUUUGGCAACUUGUUAUGAGCCAUCAUUAACUGCUGCAUAUUGCUAUUCCUGGAUGGUAAUAUCUACAGCAAAUAAAAGUAUUCUCUCUGAUUAUGCAGAAUGUCUAGAUCAGAUAAUGUGGCCAGCUAAUAAAGUGUUAGAAUUGAUACCAAGAUUAGUAUCUUAUGGAUACGUUUGUACAUUAAGUAGAGCAUUCAAAAUUUUCAUGCCUGACAGCAUAUUAAAUCCAUUUUUCGAAUUCCUUUUACGGUGUACAAAUUAUGGGGAAUUCAAGGAGUGUCAACAAUACUUGAAGGACUUUAAAAUACAAUCUUCAACACUUAUAUGUAGUAAAAUUGUUAAUUGGGAAUCAGUUGAUGACACGUACUUGAAGAAUUUUUAUUGGGUUGCAUUGUUAGUUGCAAAAUGUAUUGUAGUGGCACUUGCUCAUAAUUUUCGAAGUACGCAGUUACAGAUACAUUUCUUGAGUUCUCUAUCAAAGUGCAAUUUUCAUUGUGGAUUGCCAGUUGACAUACCCAAUUUUCAAAACCUUUUAAACAUUACAAAGGUUUUGUUGAAAACCGAGAUUACAAUGAAUUUUGCAGCCUUCACUGUGACAGACAAUGUAUAUUGUUAUGACCAAGAAAUCAAUAGAUGUAUUGAUCGUUUGGUAGAACUUAAAGAUUAUGUCAAUGCGUUACAAAUAUGCAGUAUAACAGCAAGAGAUACAACAGAAAUAAUACUUGCUCAGUAUCGUAAUGAAUUUGAACAUCAUGCAAGUACUAAAAGUAAACUAGAAAAAUCGUUUUGGAAACGAUGUACAGAUGAUUUUAAAAAAUAUAAUGUGCCAUCUAAAAAGGUAGCAGAGUUUCUAGUUGAGCAUGCUGAAAAAGUUCUUUCUCACAAAGAAAGAUAUGAAGUAUUGAAGUUUGCUUUUGAAACAUUGAAAGAGAGUCAAAUAGAGCAACAGACUAUUGAUACCUUAGAAAUGGCUAUGUGGAAAUCAUGUAUUUUAAUAGCUCCUAAUAACGUUUUAUUAGAAUAUGAGGGAGAAAUCUUACAAAAAUUAAAAACUGAAUUACUGUCAGGAUUGAAUAAGUUACAAGUUACAUGCACUUUAGCUGAUGCUAAUGAAACUAGUGCUGCUGAAUAUUUAAUUAAUAAAUUAAUAGAUGCAGGCAAACUUGAUCUUGCCUUGAGGAUUAGUACAAUAUUUAAUUAUAAACAUAGAGAUUUGCAAGUAUUAAUGCUGUGUUUAAGUUUGGCAGAAGGAGAAUUAUCAUAUACAGAAUUAACAUUGCAACAAAAAUAUUUUCUCAUCGAAGGUGAUAAAUGUGUACCACAAAAAUACAAUAUUCUAAAAAAUCGUGGACUUCAAAAACUAUCAUCGACAUCGUCGUUGAAUACAAUUGGUAUAGAAUCCGGUAAAAUAAUCGACGUAAAAAGUACUCCUGUCCGACAGCAUCAAAUCGAAUGUAUGUCUGUGUUAGAAAAAUUAAUGAAAACACUUCGUAAUGGGACUGAUAUAGGUUCUAGAAUAUUUUUAUGUUAUAAGCUUGCAAUACGAUUAGGAAAAUCGUACCAGUCGCUAAUAAAAUUAGACGAACCUGUUCAACUUUUGCAAGAAGUAACAGAUAGUAACAUUGAUAAUAAGUUUGAGACUGCAAAUGAUAUCAUAAUAGCGUAUAAAAUUAAAAGCAAUGAAAUUGCAUUGUUUUUAACGAAAAAUAUUGUAGAAAGCAUUACCAAAGCAAUAGAAGAAAAACAAGAUGAUUCAAUAACGAUGUGGGGCUGUCCUUUAGAUGCAAGUUUUCAUUUAAUAAUGGAAUUGUGUAGUGAUAUUUCCAUCUUAGGAUUAAAUCUCUUAGAAACAGCAAACAAGCUAAUGGGCUAUUCUCAAGGGGAAAAGAGAGAUGUUUCAACUUUAAAGACAAUAGUAGAAUUGUUAAUCAGGUCUCACGAUUGUUUUACUGCUUGUUGUAAUAUGGAAGGAAUAGCAUCUAUAUUACGAAAAUGUCAGAACAUUGCAAAUACUCUGCAAUAUCGCAAGUAUUGGACAUUAUUGGUUCGUCUCGUAACAGGGGUUGGUCGCUUCACGGAAAUGAAUUAUAUUUUCCAAAUAUUAAAAGAGAACGAUCAAUUUGAGUUUUUACUUGGGAAAGGCUUACACAAGGUGCCCGGUCUAAAAACAGCAUUACUAGAGUUUUUAAAACGUAAUUGUCCAGAAAAUAAAGAACUCUUUACUUUAGUAGCAUUACACUUUCGUCUUUACUACGAAAUCGCUUUAAUGUGGGAAAAUGAAGCGAAGGAAGCAACGAAGGAACUUAUAUCCGAUUUGGCAAGAGAACAUGGAAAAGCAGCGGGUCCUUCUCAAACGGAGUUGAAAUUAAUUAAAAAUGAAAGUGUACAACAAAAAUUGGAAAUAAUAGUAAUGAACUUUACCCACGCAGCGCAAUAUUACUUACAAGAUAAUAAAUUACAUCUUGCAAACAAGUGUUGUCAACAAGCGCAACUCGUUGCUCUGCAAAUCGCAUUACUUGGCACAACUUCGAAUCAAUAUACGAUAUGUAUCUUAAAUUUAAAAAGCGAUCAAAUCGAUAAAAUUCUUUGCGAGACGUUAAAUUUUCAACAAGCUCUUAUAGUUACCGGCGCUUAUAAUCAUCAUCCAGAUUGGGCAAAUAUUAUUUACAGUCACUAUAUUCUUAACGGGGAGAUAAAGUACCUGAAAGACUUCGCUACGGUAAUAAAGCUUUCAUCUAAUGUAGUUGAAGACUGCGCGCGUAGGUAUAGAUCCGAAAAAAAUCUUACUUAUGGUAUGAAAAAUAAUAUGAAAACAUUAAUAUCCGAAUUGGUAGACGUCGAAUGUAAAUAUAUGUUAGCAAGCCAAUUAGGAUUUAAGGAAAUCGUUGAAGUUAUACUCAAUAGUCCUGCUACAGCUGCUUACCUCAAAGAUACAGUAUGGAAAAAGGGUUACAAGGCAUCAUGAUUAACGAUGAUACAUUCCAUUUAUAAUGUAUUGAUUGCACUAAUUUUUAUAUUGGAAUGAAGAAAAAAAGAAAACAAAAGACAAGCCAUUAGAAACGCAAGUCUUGAAACGUAUAAAAACUAUAUAUUUUGCUACGUCGAUCCUGCUACAAUAUAAAAAAUAAAUUGUAUUUUUUAUAUAA